GCCACCAGUACCCCCCUCCUCCAACACCGCCUGGAUCCGGAUGCCCCCCCUUCCCUUCUCCAUGAGUUUGAUGUCAGUGCACAGGGGACUCGGGUCUGGGGGAGACGGGACCAGGUCUGCACCGGCACAGUUUGCUCACAGCCUCAGUCUGCAGUUGGAUUUUUGGGGCCACAGUUCUCUGUAGUCGUCGUCGACACUUGAAGCUCACCUCACCGGACGAUGCUUACAGACGUCCGCCGUUAAGGGCCAGGGGGGGAGGACCGGACUCAGUGGGAAUUUAGCCAAAAUUACGACGGGAAUCAAAUACAGCUCCCUGUCUCCCGGCAACGGGAGAGACCAACGGCCGCGCGUGAUGUCUCGUGCCAAGGAGCGGCUGAAAGGCGGGAAGGAGACCAAGGACAGCGUCACUCUGCUGCCGUGCUUUUAUUUUGUAGAGCUCCCUAUCCUCGCCUCCUCUGUUGUCAGUCUGUAUUUUUUGGAGCUGACGGAUAUUUUCCAGCCUGUUCAUUCUGGAUACACUUGUAAUGACCGCAGUCUGUCUCUGCCCUACAUCCUGCCCAGACAGGAAGUCUGUCCACUGCCGCUGCUGUUCAGCUUGGCUUUCGCUGCUCCAACCACCACUAUUCUGAUCGGAGAAGCCAUUCUGUACUGCUAUCUCUCCAGGAGGUCAUCGCCCACUCAGACUGAGGCCAACAUUAACGCUGCCGGCUGUAACUUCAACUCAUACAUCCGCAGGGCCGUACGCUUCAUAGGUGUUCAUAUCUUCGGGCUGUGCGUGACAGCGUUGAUAACAGAUAUCCUCCAGCUGUCCACCGGGCAGCACACCCCCUACUGGCUGGAUGUGUGCAAACCCAACCUAACCCACAUUAACAUGUCCACCUGCGAUGAAGCUUUUAUUCUGGAGGAUAUCUGCUCUGGACAAGACCUCAGCCUCAUCAACGCUGGGAGGAAAUCUUUCCCCUCCCAGCAUGCAACGCUGGCUGCCUUCGCUGCUGUCUACAUCUCAAUGUACUUCAACACGGUGCUGACAGACUCGGCCAAGCUGCUGAAGCCUCUCCUGGUGUUUUCGUUUGUCAUGUUGGCCAUCCUCGCCGGUUUAACCCGCAUUAUCCAGUUCAGAAACCACCCAGUCGACGUCUACUGCGGGUGGUUACUGGGAGGUGCCAUCGCCGUUUAUCUGGGUGUGUAUGCAGUGGGGAAUUUCCAACCAAGUGAAGAUCGUUCCAGAACUCGACCAUCUCUACCCACUCUGAGAGAACCCCCCCUGUCCUCCUUACCCAAUGUCAGCCAAUCAGCAGUCAGCAACAGUCACCCAGGCCACCACACUCUAGUUCCCAGCCAACCAGAGCCCAUCAUUACCAGGACCUCCUCCCACACUUUGUCUCCGAACCCACCUGAGCCGAUCCUGACGCGGAGCUCCUCCUACCGAGAGCCGUCUCUGUCCAAUCUGAAGAGAGCCAGCGCCGAGGUGGAGGUGAUUACUCCAUCCAGUCCGCUGGGUAACCGUGACAACAUGAUGACCUUCAGCAGCAGCACUCUGCCAAGGUCCCAUGGAGGAUCGUCAUUAGAAGAAGGCCGGAUUCCUCGACGCCAUGCCUCCAUACACGCUUCAAUGGACUCAACACGGUCAAAGCAGCUGCUGAGCCAGUGGAAGAACAAGAAUGACAACAGGAAGCUGUCACUACAGGUGAUGGAUGGAAUAAGGCCGGCCCCCUCCUCGUCACCACAGAGGAACAUGGAGCUACGCUGUUCCUCUGAACCAUCUGCCAUGGGCCUGGAGGCAGAGCUCCGUGCUGGGACUCACAUACCUGUAAUCACUGGUCAGGAAGCAGAGCUGCGUGCUGGGGCUCACAUCCCGGUGCAGUACAUGAAACUCGCUGCUAGCUCCGUUCCUAUGGCCAAUCACAAUCACCUGACCCAUAACGGCAACACCGGAUUGACAGGCGGAGCCAGAGUGUCCAUCCAAUCAAGACCCGGAUCCUCUCAGCUGGUUCACAUACCUGAGGAGGAAAACAUGGCCAUCAAGGAUCAGGAGAGUGAAUCAGAGGAUAGCAUUAUGGACGGGGGCGGGUCAGUGAGAGAAAAAUGGCUCAGAGUGGCUGAGAAGACCACGAUUCCUUGCAGACCACUCAGUGCAGGUGGACAGCCUCGUCUGAUGCAGGUGAUAGCCUUAUCCAAACAGCAGGGUCUCCUCCACUCUCCUCGGUCAGAGGACGGCGGAUCCAUCCGGUACCGAGCACUGACAGACCAGGACCCAUCACCACCGGCCUCCACCACCGGAGCCAUAGGUGGAGGAGGAGGUUUGGAAAGAAGUGGCAGCAUUGUUCGUGUUGAAGCUCACCCAGAGGCCAGAUCCAACAAACCAGUGGUGAAACCUCCGAGCACCGAUGGAAGCGGCUCCUGGAGGUGGAAACCACCAGAACAACGGGCAUCACUCCGACAUUCCACCUUCGCCCUCAACGACUUGAACAGACACACGGACAGCUGUGAUUCGCUGAGAGAUGGCGGGUCGGUGGACGGACGGAGGAGUGUGGCAGGGACCGAAACAGAGAGCGAAGGGGGGGGGGAUGGAGGUGGAGGUGGACCAGGAGGAGGAGGGGGAGGGGGAGGAGGGGGAGGAGGAGGAGGCAUGAUAUACACUAACCAUCCUCACGUUGUUCACCCGUUACAUCCUUUACAUCCCAAUAACAACUUCCCACACCCUGUUUUCAAUCCCAACAAUCCCAAUAAUGUCAACUUUCAUCCUAACUUUAACCCUAACUCCAACAGCUCCAACAUGCCAUUCACCCCCAACACCACCUUCGCUCCGCCGUUCCACCCCCACCCUCAGGCCAUCACCACCAUCAGAGUUACCCCAGUGGAGGGGACGGCCGCUAGCAGCGACGGCGGCUCCGACUGCCAAUCUGUGGCCUCGUCCAGCCGUGAAUCUACCCUGAGGAGGAAGAGCGCCUCCAACAUGGCCCACGCUCCAGAUCGAGGUCCCACCCCAGACCUCCAAAACAACCACCACAUGUAUGACGACAGUAACCGCCUUGACAACGACAGCAGCACCCGUUUCCACGAAAACCUCAGAAGUUUCCAAGACAGCGCCAACUACCACGCUCUCCCAACCAACAGGCAGCUGCAGGGGGUGUUUGCCCGUCCCAGUCCAACGCCUCCGCCUACCCUACCCCGUCCCAUCCUGACUCACACUCCGCCUCCUACUCUGGGGUUGGCCUAUAAAGAAUAAAUGAUCUUAAACACAGUCCUGUGAUGAAGUGAUAACCAAGAUGCUGCUUGGGCCAAAAAUGGGAGGACGUUUAGUUCAAAUUGACCACCACAUGCCAAUAUGGGAUGGUGUUUUGCCUCUGGCCAAUUAGGACACACUGUGUAGUUGUGUCCAUCCAGCACCCUUACUGGUAUGGUACCCAGUUGAAUAGUUUAUGUCUUGCUUUCAUAUAAAAUAAAGGCUUAAAACCUGUUAGCGAAAGGUCCAUGAUCCACUCUGGGUCAAAAGCCAUAGGGCAGACACUAUGAUUGUGUUUACAUGUGCAUCAGUAUCCCAUUUAUGAGGCUUUUCCCGGUUUUGAUCAAAUUCAGGAUGUGGUGUUUACAUGGAACAUACAGAAUCUGGUCUUUCAUAACAGGACGGUGUCCUGGUUACUGCAUGCUGUUUGAUGUUUACUACACAAACCAGCAGCUUAGUCUGAUGUUCCUGUGAAUAGUGAAGCCCUACCCUUACAUUAAUCUCCUGUUAAAAAUGAGGCCACUUUGGCAUACAGUGAACAACUUAGAACUAUUAGUAGGGCUGUUCCUUUAGUUUUUCCACUGGGAACUUACUUGGUCCAGUAGAUGUGGGGUGCAGGGUUUCUGUAGGUCUUUGAAAGUCUUAAAGUCAACCAUCUGAAACUGGCCGCACCUUUUGCACAAAAAAAGAAAAAAAAAAAAAACACUUGAAUUUAGAACCCUGAGGGCAUUAAACGCACAUGGGAAAUCAGAGUAACAUGAAGCUGCUGUAAAAGGCCACCAGCAAACAUUUUCAGUAUUCUGCUAUUUCCAGGCCAGGCACAACAGUAGUAGUAGUAGUAGUCUGAAAAAGAUCUUAAAAGUCUUGUAACAUCUUGUAAUCUUUUUCAGAUCUAACAUAACAUUACAUUUGAUAAAUAACCAUAUUGUGAAAAAAGAAACCAAGCAAAAUAAAUAGGCACUUAAGCCCUUUUCUCAUGGAACCAGGUAAUUUGUAAUAAUUGUGGAAGUUGUCUGUGAUCUUGAUUCUGUGCCAUAUCUGUAAUUUGCAAAGUAAAAUUCCACCAUUUCCACUGUGAUAAUAUUAGUCCCAUGCAAUUUAUCAUCUCUGUAAUAUGGUAUGUUUUGCGACAUUUUUUGUUUGUCCCACACAUUUAUUUUGUUUACUGGUUGAGGAUGAUGGAGGCUGCACCAGUGAUGAUAACCGCAUGCUUUAGAAGUGUUUUGGAUUGAAAUUCAGGAGGCUGAUGUCAUGAUAUGGCAUGGAUAUUCUCUGAAAAAGCAAACUCAAAUCCUUCAAAAGAGCAGCAUCUGAAAAGAUAAGAUGAAUGACAUGCAUGACAGCUACAGUAAGGAAUGUUGUUUUUUUUUUUGUCACUUAACAUCAGAACCAGGGAAUAAUGUCAGCAAAUUCAAGUAAAAAACAGACUUUGCAAAUCCCAGAUAUAGGGGGUUAAUUUCCAAAUCACUAGAGGGCCAUAAGUUAUACUAGUCCUGUGAAAAUAGGGGCUUAAAAAACAGAAACACAUGUUGAAUUCCAUCUGAAACACAAGACUUAACUUCUCCACAAGUGAGAUGCAUUUGCUGCUUCCAGUGUUUAUUUUUCUCUAACAUCACUGAGCUGAACUGUACAGAAACAGUAACAAAAAAAAAAAAAAAAAUAGGAUAUUUAUCCCAGCGUGUGUUUCUCAAAAUCGGGAAAAGGGCUUAUCCAGGUUUCUGAAAUCGGGACAUGAUGUUUAUAUGUACCAACACAAAAAAAAAAAAAAAAACA